AUGGCAACGGCUGCGGUCGCACGGCCUUGGUCGCCGCAUUCAGUGGCAAAACACCAUCGCCCAGCUUCAAACGUCGAGGAUCGCAAGAAAAGCCAUGCUCGCUUAUCGCAGGACACCGAUGAAUGGCUUCGAAAAUUGCGAGCCGGUCUGGCAAACCACACCAAAAACACCGACAAGCGCGAUCGGCAUCGUCGACUGCAGACUUGCGCCGAAGGUUCGGGGGUCACGGUCACCAGCUCGUUGUUCUCUUUGCUGGAAGGCUGCCUGGCCGAGAUGGACGUGAAAAUCGGAGAAGAGGUGGAGUUAGUUGGAGACUCGGAAAUGAUUGCUUCCGAGCUGGACAGCGACAGCGAUGAUGCUGAGUACAUCUGGGUGGCCUGCUAUGACACAACGUCGUUGGACAUAGCGUGUAUCUCGCUCGAAUCUGUCACCUCCGUACACCCUUCAACGGCGACCUGGUACUCGGAUGCUUGUUUCAAAGCCACUGGUGGCCUCCUCUCGGAUGAGACAGUCAACACUCUGUCGGGUGGAUUGGACGGUGGGGAGAUGUGGGUCUUCGGCCUGCCGAUUUCAGACGACGUUGGCGCUGCGGUAAGAUGGUAG